ACUUCCAGUGACAUAACCCUUGCGUUCGAAUCGCAUUCGUGUUUAUAUAUUUCGAGGCUCGCGUUGUGUCCACGCACGAUCUUUUCGCAAGCUGACAGAUCCUUCUGUUCUUCCACUUACGCCCGAUGCGUCGCACAGUCUGAUAUUGUUCUAUAUAAAGUCAAUAUAGGUCCGUGUACUAAGCAACAAUGGCUCAAACCACCACCAUUGAAACAAUCACCAUUACCAGGCCACUGAAGGUGAUAGCAUUCAUAUGCGGGAUAAUAGUGAUAUUGCUGAUGAUAAUGGGUUUAGCUUCCACCGAUUGGUUGAUGGCAUUAGGAUGGAGACAGGGUUUGUUUGCACAUUGUAUCGAGGAGAGUGCACCCACACCAUUGCCGUUUAAUAUGCCAGGUCCAGCUGGGUGUUAUCAGUCCAGAGAUGUUGCCUAUAUAAGAGCAGCUGCUGCCUUAUGUGUAGUCUGUUUAUUAACGGACAUUGCUGCAACAAUUCUCACAGGACUUGGUUUAAGGUCACAGGAUAAUCGCGAUAAGCAUAAGUAUUACAGAUUUGCAGUCUUCUGUAUGGGCUUCGCGUUGGUAUCGCUCUUAAUAGCUUUGGUGAUAUAUCCAGUGUGCUUUGCCGCGGAACUGAAUCUCGGAAACCGAGCGAUGUGGGAGUUCGGUUGGGCAUACGGAGUCGGAUGGGGUGCGGCUAUAUUCUUGUUCGGCGGAGCGGUGUUGUUGUUAUGCGAUAAGGAAAGCGAGGAGAUUUAUUACAAAGAAAGAAAGAUUGUCCGCGACGAUAUUGGUGGCGGAGGUUCUAUGAUUGGUAUGGGACAUCAUGGUGGACGAAGUGGGACGCAAUUGGCCUAGUGGCAUUGCUCCCUGCCCGACGUUGUUCUCUAGGUGAUUAAUUUCUUCUUUUUCUGUCCUCACAUUUUUGAUACAUUCAUGAAGAGACGUACACACACGUAAAAAGAGUGAAUGGUUUUUAUAUGUAGACUACUUGUUACACCAGCAUAUAUUGGACUUAACUAAUACUUCGAUAUAUGGGAUGUACGAAAAGGCAUCUAAUCGAAUCCGUUAAUCGGAUACUC